AAGAUGAGACUCGAAAUGCUGUGGGUAUAUAAGCGCCUCAAUUCCUGAGGUGGAUUGAAGGCCUUCACUCUCGCCUGUACAAGGAUGGCCGUAUCUCAGAACACUGGCAAGACCGUGCACCGCAAUUGAUUGCUGAUCAGAACGAUCUUUUCUUCUCACUUUGCGCAUCUACACAUCAACAUGACCGGACUUUCGGUGGCCACCAGCACAAACCCGUCCAACCUCCCGGCUCGAUAUGAGAUCAGGAGACUGACAGAAGAACACCUUCCUUGGACCAUAGCUGUUGGGUUCCACUCCAACGCCUUCUACUCGCCGAUAUGGCCAGCGACUUAUCCAGAUGCCGGCCAGCGAUUCAUUGGAGGAUUUUCAGCUGGUGAGUAUCUCCUCCGUCACCAGAUCGUUUCCGGGCACAGUUUUGGCAUCUUCGACCUCGAGUACAAGUUCAAGCGAGAAGAAUCCAAGCCCAACGGCAAGCUGUACUGGGAUCUUAACAAGAUCGAUGCGUCACCUGAGGAAUUGCAUGAACAAAUGGACUUCCCGCUGGUCAGCAUAGCGAUGUCGUACGAUGGGAUCAAUCCACUGGACCUGGAAAAGAUGGGCCCCUUGAUGAAAGUCCUGCCAGCGUUCGAGACCACGUAUAGCAUGAUCAAUGAGAGAGAUCCGCGCAAGGAUAUCUGGAAGCCCACUGGACCCAAGCAGGUCCUGCUGCGCAACGCAACGGCUACAAGGCACGAUGCCGAAGGAAAAGGACUUACGAGGAAACUGGCCGACUUUUUGAUGAGAUAUGCGGCCGAGCAGGGUUUCCAGAACAUCCAAAGUGUGACUGCGCACGAUGCUGUGUUCAGCGUCUGGUCGAAUCCUCCACGUCCAUUCAAUAGCACUUUGAUAUGCGAGUUCAAUACCCAAGACGCUAUUGAAGAAAAGCAGGUCAAUGGAGAAACUGUCAUGACCAAAGUGUUUGGGGAUGCGAAGCAAAGAGUGACGAAAGUCUGGGUCGAGCUGAAGCCUACAGCCAAUGGACAGGCGUCACAAGGCGAACCCCAAGCCCAAGUCGGUGCCAUCGUCUGAACAACUGAGGUACGCUGUUGUCAUCUGGAUGGACAUUCUUCGCAUUGUCUGAGGAUGGUAACACCUGUAUAUGUGCAAUGUAAUAGAAAGGAAGGAGUGUCUGGUAUCACUCCACAAAGACAUCAUUCCAGGAAGAUUCGAGGAAUACAAAGCUUGGAAAGAUCAGAACGACCUUCCAACCACAUGCAUCUCUGCCAGGAGGGCAGCAGUGGGUCUUUUACGCAGUGUCCUCCUUCGUCGACCCCCCUCUGCUUUACCGUGUCGAUCCACUGCGAAAAGCUGAAGGCGUGUAAGAGACCCCGAAACGCGCACUGGCAGACGUG